UAAGCUUCUGUUUUGACUCGCUCGGCUACCAGAACAUACAGUUAACACAACAGUUGUGCGCAGAGCCGUUUUAGUGAAUUUAGCACUUGAUGAAAAUGAAUAUAGUGGAUUAAUUAUUCCGAUAUUCACAUUUGAAACAGCCCUGACUACUUAUUUUCCGCGGACCGUUGCUUUUGUUGACGAAGAGAAUGGUGUGCUGCUCCGGGAGAUGUACGCUGAUCUUCUUGUGCACUAUUCAGUUGAUCACUGCUUUGGAGAGGCAGGCAUUUGAUUUUCUGGGCUAUCAGUGGGCUCCCAUCCUGGUCAACUUUCUUCACAUCAUUGUGGUCAUACUCGGACUGUUUGGGGCCAUCCAGUACCAUCCCCGCUAUGUUGUACUUUACCUAGUCUGGUCUAUCCUCUGGGUGACAUGGAAUAUCUUUAUCUGCUGUCUUUACCUUGACCUGUGUGGCCUAUCUAAGGAGAGUGACUCCAUGGCUCUGGGACUGUCUUCCCAUGGGUCCUGGUGGAAGGACAACAGUCUGGGCUGUGAGAGAAGGGACCUUCCAACGGCUCAGUGGCCCAGCGGGGACAGCCCCGCCCUGGUCUCGGCCCUGGGCUGCGUGCUGGAGUACCAGUACAUCGAGGUUCUUCACAGCGCACUGCAGCUGUUCGUUUCUCUGCUGGGGUUCGUGUCAGCCUGCUACAUGGUCAACAUCUUCAACGAGGAAGAGGAUGCUUACCUAUAUAAGUGAGGAGUGUCUGGCAAGCGAAUAUCAAACAAAGGUUGGAGCAUUAAGAAGAAAAGAAUAGGGAAGAAUGGAUGGAUACAUUUCUCAGACAUAAAAACCCUAAUGGCCUACCUCAUAACCGCUGUCCAAGUCAUUACUCAUGUUUGUGUUUGUGACCCACUGGCAGACCUAAUUGUACUCAACUGUACUUGGUAUCUUGCUAUGUCACAGACAGCCUGUGACAUCGAGGAAUAGUGCUCAUAUCUAAGAUUUGAGCACAGUUUCCAGUGUAUAUUGGUUUAUUGUUUGUGACUCAUCCGUCUGUGACUAGUCAGAAACUAGUGACUCAGAAAACUGAGUCACAUGAUUUUGUACGACAACUAGCAUAGGACAAGUAUAUAUUUUUGGAGCUAUUUUGAACAUUAUGCCUUUUAAAAACAUUUUUGAAUAUAUGCUUCUGUAUGACAUUACUUCUUAAUGUUUACAGAAUCAAAAGAUCAACUAAUCCUGCAUCUUCUGAAAGAAUAAAAAUAACACUUCAUUAUGUGCGCAUAUGUGUGUGGGAGUGCAUGUGAGUAUUGUCUCAUCAAUAUAGAGAAAGACUGGAUUCUGUAUAGUGUCAGAACUUCACAUUUUAAUCACAUUUCUAAUAUGUAAAUAGGACAUUUAUUCAGCAGUUAUCACAUCUACUAACUAUAAUAUACCCCAGAUUUUGCAAAUAUUAAUGUAUGCUUGCCAUAACUUUAUCCAUGUUUUUUCUUUGUAAAAGUAAGUGUUUGUUAACAAACCUUGCAAAUUUGGUGCCGUUCUUUGUAUCAUUAAAAUCACAUGAACACACCAAUGUUUAAAGUAAUAGUCCAGGCAGAAGGUUUUUGUAGUAUGACACAGGAGGGAAAGUGUCAUUGAAGUUCACUAUACAUGUAAAGCUGUGCACUUAUUGGCUAUAUCUAGUGGUAAACACUUAUGAUGCACCUGCAUUGAUGCACUGCCAAUUACACCGGGCUGGUUUCAUGACAACCCUUUGUAAUUUAAUUACUGAUUAUCUUCAAUGUGUAAUUUCAUUAUUGAUAGAAAUAUGCAAAUAACCAUUUGAACUGUCGAUGUUAAAAUGUGAACAUUGUAUUUCAUUUAAAGUUGCCAAUUAUUAUUAUUGUGUGUAUUUACUGUAGGUCUGUGAA